GCGGAGACGGCGGUCAGGCCGGCCCUAUGAUGCUUUCCUCGUCCGAGGGCAACGGGGCGCCGUCGCGACAGAGAAUGGAAAGUGUAGCGAGCUGGGCGUGUCGAUCCUGCGCCAAGGAGGCAAUGCAGUAGAUGCAGCAAUCACAGCGACGCUGUGCAUUGGCACCGUCAACAUGUUCAGCAGCGGCAUCGGAGGCGGCGGAUUCAUGAUCGUUCGCAACCCGGUCCCUUGCUCAUCGCAACGAGAGAAGGGAGUCUCUCACUGCGCAGAGCACUUCGAGAUCGAUUUCCGGGAGACAGGCCCAUCGCUCUCCAAUGCCACCAUGUACGUGGACAACCCGCUCUCGUCCAAGUUCGGCGGCUUGGCGAUCGGCGUUCCAGGAGAGGUAAAAGGGCUGGAAGAAGCUUGGAAUAGGUUCGGCUCCAAGAAGGAGGGUCUUGGGUGGAAGGACCUCAUCGAGCCUGUUGCCAGGAUCGCUGAGGAAGGGUGGAUCAUCAGUGCUGAGCUAGACCGUCGCAUGCAGGUGAUGACGCGUCUGCUCGGCGACUUCUUAACGCGAGAGCCAGAGUGGGCUGCCAUAUUCAGCGACAAGGCAACAGGAGAGCUCAAACGGGAAGGUGACAUCAUGCGGCGGACGGCGUACGCCAAGUCGCUGCGCGAGAUUGGCCAAAAGGGCUCCGACGUCUUUUACCACGGCCAUAUGGCACACAGCAUGGUCCACGCUGCGCAAAAGCACGGUGGCAUCCUGCUUGCCUCAGACCUUGCGCGCUACAGCGUCAAUGUCAAGCCCGCGCUCCGCGGAGACUGGUUUGGCAGACGAGUAUGGACCACCAAUGCGCCCAGCUCGGGGCCGGUGUUGCUCUCCUCUCUUCGCAUGCUCAGCCACUUCACUGACUUUGUCCGGCGACCGAUGAGCUACGAUGUGCUGUCUGCGCAUCGCUUCAUCGAGGCGAUGAAGUUCAGCUCGGGCCAGCGGACGUACUUGGGCGAUCCAGCGUUUUUGAACACGGCUGCACGACGAAAAAUACGCCAGAUUGGCGGGAGCGAGAAUGAGUCGCAUCGACUUUUCAAGAAGAUCCAUGACGAACAUACCCACGAAAUCGAUUACUACGAGCCGCUCUUCGAUGUUCGGGAAGACCACGGCACGAUGAGCCUGAGCGUUGCUGAUGCUGACGGCGUCGCAUGCUCCAUCACGUCGACCGUGAAUCUGCCUUUUGGUAGUCAGGUGAUGGAUUGGGAAACAGGGAUCAUCCUCAACAACGAGAUGGACGAUUCGUCAACGCCUGGCGAACCGAAUGCCUUUGGACUCUGGCCAUCACCUUACAAUUAUCCGGCUCCGUUUAAGCGUCCGCUGUCGAGCAUGGCACCAACGAUCAUCGAGAAAGCCGACGGCAGUUUCCUGCUCACUCUUGGUGGCUCCGGCGGGUCGCGCAUCUACGGCAGCGUCCUGCAGACGCUGCUCAACCUCGACUGGGGCCUGGAUCUGUCAGACGCGAUCGAGCAUCCACGCUUGCACCACCAGCUCCUCCCGCAUGAGAUCUCUGUCGAGACAGGAUACCGCCAAGACGUCCUUAACGGCCUGAUGGCAAAAGGACACAACUGCACUUUGAUCGACAUCAACAAUGCCGUCGCGGAGAUCCAAGCCGUCAUGCACGUCGGCGUCGGACGGCAUGCCGUUUUCCAUGCUGCCAGCGACAGCAGGAAGCAAGGUGUGGCAGCGGCCUUUUAGCGAGCGCUAUCGUGCGUACGGCGCGACUCUGAAACAAUGCUCUUGCACCAUCUGCGAACGCGGCACGCUGCCCAAUAUCCACUACUUGUAUUAUACAUGUACACUUGAAUGACUUGACAUC